UUGCAAGAUCGAUGCAUUAAUUUAAGUAAUUAAUAAUUAAGCCAGAUAUAUAUUGGCAGUAACAUAAAUAAGGGGCGGGGAGCGGCGGCGGCAUAUCUAUUCAUGGCGGAGAAUAAUUUGCAGAUUGUUCCGGUGGGGACAUCAUCCAGCAUAAGGAAAGUGGAAGCGCAAUAUGUAGAAAUGAUGGUUCCUCUCUAUUCUCACGGAUGCGUGAGGAAGGUCAAGAACGCCUUAUCCCAGAUUAGAGGAAUAUACUCGGUGAAUGUGGAAUUUAAAGAGCAGAAGGUGACAGUGUGGGGGAUAUGCAACAAAUAUGAUGUUUUGUCAACAAUCGGGAAAAAGAGGAAAGAUGCUCGCUUUUGGAAUCCUGAAGACAACGACGACGACGUUGAACCAGAAGGAGGCGGGGAAGAACAAGUGUUAUCACAGUCAUUGACAAUGAAAGUAUCAUCAUCGUUUCUAAAACGUCAUCGCUCGGCCCAACCUCUGGCCCUGCUUAGGUCUCGCUCGCUAUUGAGCUGGAAAUCAUCUCUUAAAAGGGCUUUUUCGAGGAGUCACUCAUUUUAAAUAUGUCAUGAAUGCGCGUUGUUUAAUAAUGUACAUUUAAAUAAGUUCUGUUUGUCUGUAAUUAACAAAUGAUGUAUUUAUCAUCUACAUUCGGACUAAGAUGCAUUUAUGUAUAGUAGUAUUAUAUACGUUGCACGAAGUAAUAAUCAAUUAUACCUGAAGCAAAUUGUGGGAUGGGAAGACUAAAAAAGUGUAAUAUUGCUAGAUAUAAGUGACAAGUUUUGUGCCGCGUAGUGAAUACACUCCUUUUUUCAAUCAUUUUACGUACACUUUCAAUCUAAUUGCAGUUCUAUGUC